AUGAAGCUACUGGAGAUCAACUGUAUAGUAACCAACACAUUCGGGGUUUCUUUCUCUCUUUCUUGCAGGUGUUUCUUUGUUGAGAUCAUAAAUUUCCAUUACUUGGCGUUCUUCUUCUUCUUCGUCGUCGUCCCAUCUUCACUCAUCAUUACGAUUCUCUACAUUUUGAUCUUCAACGCUAUCAGGAAGCAGUUAAACAAGAUGGCCUCCAACACGUGCGCGUCGCAGUACGCCGACAAAGUGGCGCCGCCUGGCGACGACGCGAAUAAAAAAUCCAUGGGUGGCAGACGGUGGCGGAAAGAAGUCCAGAUCGCGAAAGUCCUCUUCAUGAUCAUCGUCUUCUUCUUCGCGAGCUGGUACCCUCUCUUCACGGCCAACUUCGUCAGCGCGUUUUUCUACAUGGUUCCCUUCCCCACGGUUCGCGUCCUGAUCUACAUAUCGCACGCAAACAGCGCUAUUAACCCUUUCCUUUACGGGAUAGCGAGUCAGGAGUUUCGCUCGGAGUACGGGAGAGUUUUCGCGCGUAUCUUCUGCUGCCGAGCGGCGCAGGAGGUCGCCGUAGAAGUGUCCAGUACGAGCGGUCAGCAGACGAAGCCGCCGCAAAGCUUGUCCGCAGAUUGAUUGAUACGCGAUAUACCGAUUUAUACGAUUGAUCGUAGCCAUUGGUCUGCAUAGAUUCAUAUAGUCAAUCGCAUGCGCGUGCGUGUGUACGUA